AUGAAGGUUCGCCCCAGAUCAAGGUUCGCCCCCGGAUCAAGGUUCGCCCCCGGAUCAAGGUUCGCCCCCGGAUUAAGGUUCGCCCCCGGAUUAAGGUUCGCCCCCGGAUUAAGGUUCGCCCCCGGAUUAAGGUUCGCCCCCGGAUUAAGGUUCGCCCCCGGAUUAAGGUUCGCCCCCGGAUUAAGGUUCGCCCCCGGAUUAAGGUUCGCCCCCGGAUUAAGGUUCGCCCCCGGAUUAAGGUUCGCCCCCGGAUUAAGGUUCGCCCCCGGAUUAAGGUUCGCCCCCGGAUUAAGGUUCGCCCCCGGAUUAAGGUUCGCCCCCGGAUCAAAGUUCGCCCCCGGAUCAAGGUUCGCCCCCGGAUCAAGGUUCGCCCUCGGAUUAAGGUUCGCCCCCGGAUUAAGGUUCGCCCCCGGAUUAAGGUUCGCCCCCGGAUUAAGGUUCGCCCCCGGAUUAAGGUUCGCCCCCGGAUUAAGGUUCGCCCCCGGAUUAAGGUUCGCCCCCGGAUUAAGGUUCGCCCCCGGAUUAAGGUUCGCCCCCGGAUUAAGGUUCGCCCGCGGAUUAAGGUUCGCCCCCGGAUUAAGGUUCGCCCCCGGAUUAAGGUUCGCCCCCGGAUUAAGGUUCGCCCCCGGAUUAAGGUUCGCCCCCGGAUUAAGGUUCGCCCCCGGAUUAAGGUUCGCCCCCGGAUUAAGGUUCGCCCCCGGAUUAAGGUUCGCCCCCGGAUUAAGGUUCGCCCCCGGAUUAAGGUUCGCCCCCGGAUUAAGGUUCGCCCCCGGAUUAAGGUUCGCCCCCGGAUUAAGGUUCGCCCCCGGAUUAAGGUUCGCCUCCGGAUCAAGGUUCGCCCCCGGAUCAAGGUUCGCCCCCGGAUCAAGGUUCGCCCCCGGAUCAAGGUUCGCCCCCGGAUCAAGGUUCGCCCCCGGAUUAAGGUUCGCCCCCGGACAAAGGUUCGCCCCCGGAUUAAGGUUCGCCCCCGGAUUAAGGUUCGCCCCCGGAUUAAGGUUCGCCCCCGGAUUAAGGUUCGCCCCCGGAUUAAGGUUCGCCCCCGGAUUAAGGUUCGCCCCCGGAUUAAGGUUCGCCCCCGGAUUAAGGUUCGCCCCCGGAUUAAGGUUCGCCCCCGGAUUAAGGUUCGCCCCCGGAUUAAGGUUCGCCCCCGGAUUAAGGUUCGCCCCCGGAUUAAGGUUCGCCCCCGGAUUAAGGUUCGCCCCCGGAUUAAGGUUCGCCCCCGGAUUAAGGUUCGCCCCCGGAUUAAGGUUCGCCCCCGGAUUAAGGUUCGCCCCCGGAUUAAGGUUCGCCCCCGGAUUAAGGUUCGCCCCCGGAUUAAGGUUCGCCCCCGGAUUAAGGUUCGCCCCCGGAUUAAGGUUCGCCCCCGGAUUAAGGUUCGCCCCCGGAUUAAGGUUCGCCCCCGGAUUAAGGUUCGCCCCCGGAUUAAGGUUCGCCCCCGGAUUAAGGUUCGCCCCCGGAUUAAGGUUCGCCCCCGGAUCAAAGUUCGCCCCCGGAUCAAGGUUCGCCCCCGGAUCAAGGUUCGCCCUCGGAUUAAGGUUCGCCCCCGGAUUAAGGUUCGCCCCCGGAUUAAGGUUCGCCCCCGGAUUAAGGUUCGCCCCCGGAUUAAGGUUCGCCCCCGGAUUAAGGUUCGCCCCCGGAUUAAGGUUCGCCCCCGGAUUAAGGUUCGCCCCCGGAUUAAGGUUCGCCCCCGGAUUAAGGUUCGCCCGCGGAUUAAGGUUCGCCCCCGGAUUAAGGUUCGCCCCCGGAUUAAGGUUCGCCCCCGGAUUAAGGUUCGCCCCCGGAUUAAGGUUCGCCCCCGGAUUAAGGUUCGCCCCCGGAUUAAGGUUCGCCCCCGGAUUAAGGUUCGCCCCCGGAUUAAGGUUCGCCCCCGGAUUAAGGUUCGCCCCCGGAUUAAGGUUCGCCCCCGGAUUAAGGUUCGCCCCCGGAUUAAGGUUCGCCCCCGGAUUAAGGUUCGCCCCCGGAUUAAGGUUCGCCCCCGGAUUAAGGUUCGCCCCCGGAUUAAGGUUCGCCCCCGGAUUAAGGUUCGCCCCCGGAUUAAGGUUCGCCCCCGGAUUAAGGUUCGCCCCCGGAUUAAGGUUCGCCCCCGGAUUAAGGUUCGCCCCCGGAUUAAGGUUCGCCCCCGGAUUAAGGUUCGCCCCCGGAUUAAGGUUCGCCCCCGGAUCAAAGUUCGCCCCCGGAUCAAGGUUCGCCCCCGGAUCAAGGUUCGCCCCCGAUCAAGGUUCGCCCCCGGAUCAAGGUUCGCCCCCGGAUGAAGGUUCGCCCAAGGAUCAAGGUAGGUUCGCCCCCGGAUUAAGGUUCGCCCCCGGAUUAAGGUUCGCCCCCGGAUUAAGGUUCGCCCCCGGAUUAAGGUUCGCCCCCGGAUUAAGGUUCGCCCCCGGAUUAAGGUUCGCCCGCGGAUUAAGGUUCGCCCCCGGAUUAAGGUUCGCCCCCGGAUUAAGGUUCGCCCCCGGAUUAAGGUUCGCCCCCGGAUUAAGGUUCGCCCCCGGAUUAAGGUUCGCCCCCGGAUUAAGGUUCGCCCCCGGAUUAAGGUUCGCCCCCGGAUUAAGGUUCGCCCCCGGAUUAAGGUUCGCCCCCGGAUUAAGGUUCGCCCCCGGAUUAAGGUUCGCCCCCGGAUUAAGGUUCGCCCCCGGAUUAAGGUUCGCCCCCGGAUUAAGGUUCGCCCCCGGAUUAAGGUUCGCCCCCGGAUUAAGGUUCGCCCCCGGAUUAAGGUUCGCCCCCGGAUUAAGGUUCGCCCCCGGAUCAAAGUUCGCCCCCGGAUCAAGGUUCGCCCCCGGAUCAAGGUUCGCCCUCGGAUUAAGGUUCGCCCCCGGAUUAAGGUUCGCCCCCGGAUUAAGGUUCGCCCCCGGAUUAAGGUUCGCCCCCGGAUUAAGGUUCGCCCCCGGAUUAAGGUUCGCCCCCGGAUUAAGGUUCGCCCCCGGAUUAAGGUUCGCCCCCGGAUUAAGGUUCGCCCCCGGAUUAAGGUUCGCCCGCGGAUUAAGGUUCGCCCCCGGAUUAAGGUUCGCCCCCGGAUUAAGGUUCGCCCCCGGAUUAAGGUUCGCCCCCGGAUUAAGGUUCGCCCCCGGAUUAAGGUUCGCCCCCGGAUUAAGGUUCGCCCCCGGAUUAAGGUUCGCCCCCGGAUUAAGGUUCGCCCCCGGAUUAAGGUUCGCCCCCGGAUUAAGGUUCGCCCCCGGAUUAAGGUUCGCCCCGGAUCAAGUUCGCACCCGAAUUAAGGUUCGCCCCCGGAUUAAGGUUCGCCCCCGGAUUAAGGUUCGCCCCCGGAUUAAGGUUCGCCCCCGGAUUAAGGUUCGCCCCCGGAUUAAGGUUCGCCCCCGGAUUAAGGUUCGCCCUAAAUUAAGGUUCGCCCCCGGAAUAAGGUUCGCCCCCCGGAUUAAGGUUCGCCCCUGGAUUAAGGUUCGCCCCCGGAUUAAGGUUCGCCCCCGGAUUAAGGUUCGCCCCCGGAUUAAGGUUCGCCCCCGGAUUAAGGUUCGCCCCCGGAUUAAGGUUCGCCCCUGGAUGAAGGUUCGCCGCCGGAUUGAGGUUCGCCCCCGGAUUAAGGUUCGCCCCCGGAUUAAGGUUCGCCCCCGGAUUAAGGUUCGCCCCCGGAUUAAGGUUCGCCCCCGGAUUAAGGUUCGCCCCAGAUUAAGGUUCGCCCCCGGAUUAAGGUUCGCCCCCGGAUUAAGGUUCGCCCCCGGAUUAAGGUUCGCCCCCGGAUUAAGGUUCGCCCCCGGAUUAAGGUUCGCCCCCGGAUUAAGGUUCGCCCCCGGAUUAAGGUUCGCCCCCGGAUUAAGGUUCGCCACCAGAUUAAGUUUCGCCCGCGGAUUAAGGUUCGCACGCGGAUUAAGGUUCGCCCCCGGAUUAAGGUUCGCCCCCGGAUUAAGGUUCGCCCCCGGAUUAAGGUUCGCCCCCGGAUUAAGGUUCGCCCCCGGAUUAAGGUUCGCCCCCGGAUUAAGGUUCGCCCCCGGAUUAAGGUUCGCCCCCGGAUUAAGGUUCGCCCCCGGAUUAAGGUUCGCCCCCGGAUUAAGGUUCGCCCGCGGAUUAAGGUUCGCCCCCGGAUUAAGGUUCGCCCCCGGAUUAAGGUUCGCCCCCGGAUUAAGAUUAAGGUUCGCCCCCGGAUUAAGGUUCGCCCCCGGAUUAAGGUUCGCCCCCGGAUUAAGGUUCGCCCCCGGAUUAAGGUUCGCCCCCGGAUUAAGGUUCGCCCCCGGAUUAAGGUUCGCCCCCGGAUUAAGGUUCGCCCCCGGAUUAAGGUUCGCCCCCGGAUUAAGGUUCGCCCCCGGAUUAAGGUUCGCCCCCGGAUUAAGGUUCGCCCCCGGAUUAAGGUUCGCCCCCGGAUUAAGGUUCGCCCCCGGAUUAAGGUUCGCCCCCGGAUUAAGGUUCGCCCCCGGAUUAAGGUUCGCCCCCGGAUUAAGGUUCGCCCCCGGAUUAAGGUUCGCCCCCGGAUUAUUAAGGUUCGCCCCCGGAUUAAGGUUCGCCCCCGGAUUAAGGUUCGCCCCCGGAUUAAGGUUCGCCCCCGGAUUAAGGUUCGCCCCCGGAUUAAGGUUCGCCCCCGGAUUAAGUUCGCCCCGGAUUAAGGUUCGCGCCCCCGGAUUAAGGUUCGCCCCCGGAUUAAGGUUCGCCCCCGGAUUAAGGUUCGCCCCCGGAUUAGGUAAGUUCGCACCCGAAUUAAGGUUCGCCCCCGGAUUAAGGUUCGCCCCCGGAUUAAGGUUCGCCCCCGGAUUAAGGUUCGCCCCCGGAUUAAGGUUCGCCCCCGGAUUAAGGUUCGCCCCCGGAUUAAGGUUCGCCCCCGGAUUAAGGUUCGACCCUCGGAUUAAGUUCGCCCCGGAAUUAAGGUUCACCCUUAAAUUAAGGUUCGCCCCCGGAUUAAGGUUCGCCCCGGCCCCGGGAUUAAGGUUCGCCCCUGGAUUAAGGUUCGCCCCCCGGAUUAAGGUUCGCCCCCGGAUUAAGGUUCGCCCCCGGAUUAAGGUUCGCCCCCGCGAUAAGGUUCGCCCCGGAUCAAGGUUCGCCCCCGGAUCAAGGUUCGCCCCCGGAUUAAGGUUCGCCCCCGGAUUAAGGUUCGCCCCCGGAUUAAGGUUCGCCCCCGGAUUAAGGUUCGCCCCCGGAUUAAGGUUCGCCCCCGGAUUAAGGUUCGCCCCCGGAUUAAGGUUCGCCCCCGGAUUAAGGUUCGCCCCCGGAUUAAGGUUCGCCCCCGGAUUAAGGUUCGCCCCCGGAUUAAGGUUCACCCCGGAUAAAGGUUCGCCCCCCGGAAUAAGGUUCGCCCCCGGAUUAAGGUUCGCCCCCGGAUUAAGGUUCGCCCCCGGAUUAAGGUUCGCCCCCGGAUUAAGGUUCGCCCCCGGAUUAAGGUUCGCCCCCGGAUUAAGGUUCGCCCCCGGAUUAAGGUUCGCCCCCGGUUCGCCCCGGAUUAAGGUUCGCCCCGGAUUAAGGUUCGCCCCCGGAUUAAGGUUCGCCCCCGGAUUAAGGUUCGCCCCCGGAUUAAGGUUCGCCCCCGGAUUAAGGUUCGCCCCCGGAUUAAGGUUCGCCCCCGGAUUAAGGUUCGCCCCCGGAUUAAGGUUCGCCCCCGGAUUAAGGUUCGCCCCCGGAUUAAGGUUCGCCCCCGGAUUAAGGUUCGCCCGCGGAUUAAGGUUCGCCCCCGGAUUAAGGUUCGCCCCCGGAUUAAGGUUCGCCCCCGGAUUAAGGUUCGCACCCGAAUUAAGGUUCGCCCCCGGAUUAAGGUUCGCCCUUAAAUUAAGGUUCGCCCCCGGAUUAAGGUUCGCCCCCGGAUUAAGGUUCGCCCCCGGAUUAAGGUUCGCCCCCGGAUUAAGGUUCGCCCGCGGAUUAAAGUUCGCCCCCGGAUUAAGGUUCACCCUUAAAUUAAGGUUCGCCCCCGGAUUAAGGUUCGCCCCCGGAUUAAGGUUCGCCCCCGGAUUAAGGUUCGCCCCCGGAUUAAGGUUCGCCCCGGAUAAAGGUUCGCCCCGGAUUAAGGUUCGCCCCCGGAUUAAGGUUCGCCCCCGGAUUAAGGUUCGCCCCCGGAUUAAGGUUCGCCCCCGGAUUAAGGUUCGCCCCCGGAUUAAGGUUCGCCCCCGGAUUAAGGUUCGCCCCCGGAUAAAGGUAGGUCCCCCGGUUAUGGUUCGCCCCGGAUUAAGGUUCGCCCCCGGAUUAAGGUUCGCCCCCGGAUUAAGGUUCGCCCCCGGAUUAAGGUUCGCCCCCGGAUUAAGGUUCGCCCCCGGAUUAAGGUUCGCCCCCGGAUUAAGGUUCGCCCCCGGAUUAAGGUUCGCCCCCGGAUUAAGGUUCGCCCCCGGAUUAAGGUUCGCCCCCGGAUUAAGGUUCGCCCUUAAAUUACGGUUCGCCCCCGGAUUAAGGUUCGCCCCCGGAUUAAGGUUCGCCCCCGGAUUAAGGUUCGCCCCCGGAUUAAGGUUCGCCCCCGGAUUAAGGUUCGCCCCCGGAUUAAGGUUCGCCCCCGGAUUAAGGUUCGCCCCCGAAUUAAGGUUCGCCCCCGGAUUAAAGUUCGCCCCCGGAUUAAGGUUCACCCUUAAAUUAAGGUUCGCCCCCGGAUUAAGGUUCGCCCCCGGAUUAAGGUUCGCCCCCGGAUUAAGGUUCGCCCCCGGAUUAAGGUUCGCCCCCGGAUUAAGGUUCGCCCCCGGAUUAAGGUUCGCCCCCGGAUUAAGGUUCGCCCCCGGAUUAAGGUUCGCCCCCGGAUUAAGGUUCGCCCCCGGAUUAAGGUUCGCCCCCGGAUUAAGGUUCGCCCCCGGAUUAAGGUUCGCCCCCGGAUUAAGGUUCGCCCCCGGAUUAAGGUUCGCCCCCGGAUUAAGGUUCGCCCCCGGAUUAAGGUUCGCCCCCGGAUUAAGGUUCGCCCCCGGAUUAGGUAGAUUCGCCCCCCGAAUUAAGGUUCGCCCCGGAUUAAGAUUUCGCCCCCCCGGAUUAAGGUUCGCCCCCGGAUUAAGGUUCGCCCCCGGAUUAAGGUUCGCCCCCGGAUUAAGGUUCGCCCCCGGAUUAAGGUUCGCCCCCGGAUUAAGGUUCGCCCCCGGAUUAAGGUUCGCCCCCGGAUUAAGGUUCGCCCCCGGAUUAAGGUUCGCCCCCGGAUUAAGGUUCGCCCCCGGAUUAAGGUUCGCCCCCGGAUUAAGGUUCGCCCCCGGAUUAAGGUUCGCCCCCGGAUUAAGGUUCGCCCCCGGAUUAAGGUUCGCCCCCGGAUUAAGUAGAUUCGACCCCGAAUUAAGGUUCCCCCGGAUUAAGGUUCGCCCCCGGAUUAAGGUUCGCCCCCGGAUUAAGGUUCGCCCCCGGAUUAAGGUUCACCCCGGAUUAAGGUUCGCCCCGGGAUUAAGGUUCGCCCCCGGAUUAAGGUUCGCCCCCGGAUUAAGGUUCGCCCCCGGAUUAAGGUUCGCCCCCGGAUUAAGGUUCGCCCCCGGAUUAAGGUUCGCCCCCGGAUUAAGGUUCGCCCCCGGAUUAAGGUUCGCCCCCGGAUUAAGGUUCGCCCCCGGAUUAAGGUUCGCCCCCGGAUUAAGGUUCGCCCCCGGAUUAAGGUUCGCCCCCGGAUUAAGGUUCGCCCCCGGAUUAAGGUUCGCCCCCGGAUUAAGGUUCGCCCCCGGAUUAAGGUUCGCCCCCGGAUUAAGGUUCGCCCCCGGAUUAAGGUUCGCCCCCGGAUUAAGGUUCGCCCCCGGAUUAAGUUUCGCCUCCGGAUUAAGGUUCGCCCCCGGAUUAAGGUUCGCCCCCGGAUUAAGGUUCGCCCCCGGAUUAAGGUUCGCCCCCGGAUUAAGGUUCGCCCCCGGAUUAAGGUUCGCCCCCGGAUUAAGGUUCGCCCCCGGAUUAAGGUUCGCCCCCGGAUUAAGGUUCGCCCCCGGAUUAAGGUUCGCCCCCGGAUUAAGGUUCGCCCCCGGAUUAAGGUUCGCCCCCGGAUUAAGGUUCGCCCCCGGAUUAAGGUUCGCCCCCGGAUUAAGGUUCGCCCCCGGAUUAAGGUUCGCCCCCGGAUUAAGGUUCGCCCCCGGAUUAAGGUUCGCCCCCGGAUUAAGGUUCGCCCCCGGAUUAAGGUUCGCCCCCGGAUUAAGGUUCGCCCCCGGAUUAAGGUUCGCCCCCGGAUUAAGGUUCGCCCCCCAGAUUAAGGUUCGCCCCCGGAUUAAGGUUCGCCCCCGGAUUAAGGUUCGCCCCCGGAUUAAGGUUCGCCCCCGGAUUAAGGUUCGCCCCCGGAUUAAGGUUCGCCCCCGGAUUAAGGUUCGCCCCCGGAUUAAGGUUCGCCCCCGGAUUAAGGUUCGCCCCCGGAUUAAGGUUCGCCCCCGGAUUAAGGUUCGCCCCCGGUUCAAGGUUCGCCCCCGGAUCAAGGUUCGCCCCCGGAUCAAGGUUCGCCCUCGGAUCAAAGUUCGCCCCCGGAUCAAGGUUCGCCCCCGGAUCAAGGUUCGCCCCCGGAUCAAGGUUCGCCCCCGGAUCAAGGUUCGCCCCCGGAUCAAGGUUCGCCCCCGGAUCAAGGUUCGCCCCCGGAUUAAGGUUCGCCCCCGGAUUAAGGUUCGCCCCCGGAUUAAGGUUCGUCCCCGAUUAAGGUUCGCCCCCGGAUUAAGGUUCGCCCCCGGAUUAAGGUUCGCCCCCGGAUUAAGGUUCGCCCCCGGAUUAAGGUUCGCCCCCGGAUUAAGGUUCGCCCCCGGAUUAAGGUUCGCCCCCGGAUUAAGGUUCGCCCCCGGAUUAAGGUUCGCCCUUAAAUUAAGGUUCGCCCCCGGAAUAAGGUUCGCCCCCGGAUUAAGGUUCGCCCCCGGAUUAAGGUUCGCCCCCGGAUUAAGGUUCGCCCCCGGAUUAAGGUUCGCCCCCGGAUUAAGGUUCGCCCCCGGAUUAAGGUUCGCCCCCGGAUUAAGGUUCGCCCCCGGAUUAAGGUUCGCCCCCGGAUUAAGGUUCGCCCCCGGAUUAAGGUUCGCCCCCGGAUUAAGGUUCGCCCCCAUAUUAAGGUUCGACCCUCGGAUUAAGGUAGGUUCGCCCCCGGAUAAAGGUAGGUUCGCCCCCGAAUUAAGGUUCGCCCCCGGAUUAAGGUUCGCCCCCGGAUUAAGGUUCGCCCCCGGAUUAAGGUUCGCCCCCGGAUUAAGGUUCGCCCCCGGAUUAAGGUUCGCCCCCGGAUUAAGGUUCGCCCCCGGAUUAAGGUUCGCCCCCGGAUUAAGGUUCGCCCCCGGAUUAAGGUUCGCCCCCGGAUUAAGGUUCGCCCCCGGAUUAAGGUUCGCCCCCGGAUUAAGGUUCGCCCCCGGAUUAAGGUUCGCCCCCGGAUUAAGGUUCGCCCCCGGAUUAAGGUUCGCCCCCGGAUUAAGGUUCGCCCCCGGAUUAAGGUUCGCCCCCGGAUUAAGGUUCGCCCCCGGAUUAAGGUUCGCCCCCGGAUUAAGGUUCGCCCCCGGAUUAAGGUUCGCCCCCGGAUUAAGGUUCGCCCCCGGAUUAAGGUUCGCCCCCGGAUUAAGGUUCGCCCCCCAAUUAAGGUUCGCCCCCGGAUUAAGGUUCGCCCCCGGAUUAAGGUUCGCCCCCGGAUUAAGGUUCGCCCCCGGAUUAAGGUUCGCCCCCGGAUUAAGGUUCGCCCCCGGAUUAAGGUUCGCCCCCGGAUUAAGGUUCGCCCCCGGAUUAAGGUUCGCCCCCCGGAUAAGGUUCGCCCCCGGAUUAAGGUUCGCCCCCGGAUUAAGGUUCGCCCCCGGAUUAAGGUUCGCCCCCGGAUUAAGGUUCGCCCCCGGAUUAAGGUUCGCCCCCGGAUUAAGGUUCGCCCCCGGAUUAAGGUUCGCCCCCGGAUUAAGGUUCGCCCCCGGAUUAAGGUUCGCCCCCGGAUUAAGGUUCGCCCCCGGAUUAAGGUUCGCCCCCGGAUUAAGGUUCGCCCCCGGAUUAAGGUUCGCCCCCGGAUUAAGGUUCGCCCCCGGAUUAAGGUUCGCCCCCGGAUUAAGGUUCGCCCCCGGAUUAAGGUUCGCCCCCGGAUUAAGGUUCGCCCCCGGAUUAAGGUUCGCCCCCGGAUUAAGGUUCGCCCCCGGAUUAAGGUUCGACCCUCGGAUUAAGUUCGCCCCCGGAUUAAGGUUCACCCUUAAAUUAAGGUUCGCCCCCGGAUUAAGGUUCGCCCCCGGAUUAAGGUUCGCCCCCGGAUUAAGGUUCGCCCCCGGAUUAAGGUUCGCCCCCGGAUUAAGGUUCGCCCCCGGAUUAAGGUUCGCCCCCGGAUUAAGGUUCGCCCCCGGAUUAAGGUUCGCCCCCGGAUUAAGGUUCGCCCCCGGAUUAAGGUUCGCCCCCGGAUUAAGGUUCGCCCCCGGAUUAAGGUUCGCCCCCGGAUUAAGGUUCGCCCCCGGAUUAAGGUUCGCCCCCGGAUUAAGGUUCGCCCCCGGAUUAAGGUUCGCCCCCGGAUUAAGGUUCGCCCCCGGAUUAAGGUUCGCCCCCGGAUUAAGGUUCGCCCCCGGAUUAAGGUUCGCCCCCGGAUUAAGGUUCGCCCCCGGAUUAAGGUUCGCCCCCGGAUUAAGGUUCGCCCCCGGAUUAAGGUUCGCCCCCGGAUUAAGGUUCGCCCCCGGAUUAAGGUUCGCCCCCGGAUUAAGGUUCGCCCCCGGAUUAAGGUUCGCCCCCGGAUUAAGGUUCGCCCCCGGAUUAAGGUUCGCCCCCGGAUUAAGGUUCGCCCCCGGAUUAAGGUUCGCCCCCGGAUUAAGGUUCGCCCCCGGAUUAAGGUUCGCCCCCGGAUUAAGGUUCGCCCCCGGAUUAAGGUUCGCCCCCGGAUUAAGGUUCGCCCCCGGAUUAAGGUUCGCCCCCGGAUUAAGGUUCGCCCCCGGAUUAAGGUUCGCCCCCGGAUUAAGGUUCGCCCCCGGAUUAAGGUUCGCCCCCGGAUUAAGGUUCGCCCCCGGAUUAAGGUUCGCCCCCGGAUUAAGGUUCGCCCCCGGAUUAAGGUUCGCCCCCGGAUUAAGGUUCGCCCCCGGAUUAAGGUUCGCCCCCGGAUUAAGGUUCGCCCCCGGAUUAAGGUUCGCCCCCGGAUUAAGGUUCGCCCCCGGAUUAAGGUUCGCCCCCGGAUUAAGGUUCGCCCCCGGAUUAAGGUUCGCCCCCGGAUUAAGGUUCGCCCCCGGAUUAAGGUUCGCCCCCGGAUUAAGGUUCGCCCCCGGAUUAAGGUUCGCCCCCGGAUUAAGGUUCGCCCCCGGAUUAAGGUUCGCCCCCGGAUUAAGGUUCGCCCCCGGAUUAAGGUUCGCCCCCGGAUUAAGGUUCGCCCCCGGAUUAAGGUUCGCCCCCGGAUUAAGGUUCGCCCCCGGAUUAAGGUUCGCCCCCGGAUUAAGGUUCGCCCCCGGAUUAAGGUUCGCCCCCGGAUUAAGGUUUGCCCCCCGAUUAAGGUUCGCCCCCGGAUUAAGGUUCGCCCCCGGAUUAAGGUUCGCCCCCGGAUUAAGGUUCGCCCCCGGAUUAAGGUUCGCCCCCGGAUUAAGGUUCGCCCCCGGAUUAAGGUUCGCCCCCGGAUUAAGGUUCGCCCCCGGAUUAAGGUUCGCCCCCGGAUUAAGGUUCGCCCCCGGAUUAAGGUUCGCCCCCGGAUUAAGGUUCGCCCCCGGAUUAAGGUUCGCCCCCGGAUUAAGGUUCGCCCCCGGAUUAAGGUUCGCCCCCGGAUUAAGGUUCGCCCCCGGAUUAAGGUUCGCCCCCGGAUUAAGGUUCGCCCCCGGAUUAAGGUUCGCCCCCGGAUUAAGGUUCGCCCCCGGAUUAAGGUUCGCCCCCGGAUUAAGGUUCGCCCCCGGAUUAAGGUUCGCCCCCGGAUUAAGGUUCGCCCCCGGAUUAAGGUUCGCCCCCGGAUUAAGGUUCGCCCCCGGAUUAAGGUUCGCCCCCGGAUUAAGGUUCGCCCCCGGAUUAAGGUUCGCCCCCGGAUUAAGGUUCGCCCCCGGAUUAAGGUUCGCCCCCGGAUUAAGGUUCGCCCCCGGAUUAAGGUUCGCCCCCGGAUUAAGGUUCGCCCCCGGAUUAAGGUUCGCCCCCGGAUUAAGGUUCGCCCCCGGAUUAAGGUUCGCCCCCGGAUUAAGGUUCGCCCCCGGAUUAAGGUUCGCCCCCGGAUUAAGGUUCGCCCCCGGAUUAAGGUUCGCCCCCGGAUUAAGGUUCGCCCCCGGAUUAAGGUUCGCCCCCGGAUUAAGGUUCGCCCCCGGAUUAAGGUUCGCCCCCGGAUUAAGGUUCGCCCCCGGAUUAAGGUUCGCCCCCGGAUUAAGGUUCGCCCCCGGAUUAAGGUUCGCCCCCGGAUUAAGGUUCGCCCCCGGAUUAAGGUUCGCCCCCGGAUUAAGGUUUGCCCCUGGUUUAAGAUUAAGGUUCGCCCCCGGAUUAAGGUUCGCCCCCGGAUUAAGGUUCGCCCCCGGAUUAAGGUUCGCCCCCGGAUUAAGGUUCGCCCCCGGAUUAAGGUUCGCCCCCGGAUUAAGGUUCGCCCCCGGAUUAAGGUUCGCCCCCGGAUUAAGGUUCGCCCCCGGAUUAAGGUUCGCCCCCGGAUUAAGGUUCGCCCCAGAUUAA